AACUUCGGCCAUUGACGUGAAUCGGUCGCUUUUAUAUCUCGGAUCGCUCUGAUGACACUGAUGCUUUCCUUGGUGCUGUUCCUUUACCAACUGCCAACGAACUCAUGAUCACUUUCGACCCUUUGCUCUCACAAUAUCCCUUUCUGCGAAGACCACUCGUCCGCAGUCAUGUCUAGGGCAAGGUUCUUUUACAGUGCCCUUCACAUGUGGCUGUCGUUGCAUGAAGAGCUGCUCCUUAUACACCCAGUUUAAUUCCCCUUACGACUUGUUCCCGAACAGUCUAUCUGCUGCGGUUUCUAAUUCACACCCCUUAAUCCCCGCAGUAUCGGUUCGAACACUGUACCCAUAUCAAAUAUGUUUCGACAGCAACUUGCUCGCCUGUUCUUUGUCAUUGCUCCCUGCGUGGAGUCUACCUUUUUGUCUCAUGAUAUUCAUGCUCAUGGCGUUAUUGACUCUGGCUAUUUUCUCAUUAUUUCCGCACUGCUUCCAAACCCAGGCGGUGUUUGGCUUGUCUCAUCUGGCUGCAUUUGCUGACACUCAUGGAUUUAUGAGUUGAAUCUACGCGUUCGCACUAGAAUUAGGAAAGACCUAGCAGCCAAGAUCGUCUAUCUAAUGAAGAUUCUAUCUAGUCCAAUGGAUUAGUUAGGUCAAAACAGAA